CAGAGCAGCCCGCCUCCUCUGGAUUGUGGACCAAUGACUCGGACGCCUCUACAUCUCGUCUGCCUCUCAACCCGCGUUCAGCCCCUCGCAUGACGUAACGCCCAAUCUGAAAGUGCAAUGGCGAUAUUGGACAAUAACAGCCAUCGCGCUUGGGGUCCACAUCUAUAUUAUGUGGCUAAGGUUCAAGAAAACACCUCCAGCCGGCUGCAAAACCACAUAUAAUAUCGGCACAGAGCGCGAGCGUCAACCUGCGACCAGGAAAGGUGAUCUCCCAGCCUCUGCACGCGAUGACAGCUUAGAAUAAAUCGCUGGUGUGACGUGUGAACAGACACCAUGGCCACACAGGAACCGUCCCCUCCUUCAUCCAUGGAGAGCAAUAAGCCCGGCUUCCCCAAGAAGAUCCUGGGCAACAAGCUGGAGGACAAACACCUGUGCAACUGCUGCCACAAUAUCCUCAGACGGCCUUUCCAAGCCCAGUGUGGACAUCGCUUCUGUUCCUACUGCUUUAACAGGACUGUGAGUAAUGGACCUCAGAAAUGCAAUGCUUGCAUCAAAGAGGAUAUUUUUGAGGACCCUACCUCGAUUUUAAAACAAGGAUGUGCUUUUCCAGACAAUGCGGUUCGAAGGGAAGUUGAAAAUCUGCCAGCUGUUUGUAUCAAUGAAAGCUGCACUUGGAAAGGAAGUAUAAAGGAGUACGAGAUGAACCACGAGGGGAAGUGCGAGUUCAUGAUCAUCCCCUGCCCCUCCUGCAAAGAACGAAUCCGCUUCAAUGAACAGGAGCGCCAUAAUGAGCGAGAGUGCCCUGAGAGGACGCUCAACUGCAAGUACUGCAAGGAGCCGUUCCACUUUAAGAAUAUCAAGGCUCAUGAUGAGAUCUGCCCCAAGUACCCGAUGAUCUGUGAAGGCUGUGCCAAGAAGAAAAUACCCAGAGAAAAGUAUGUGGACCAUAUCAAAUUCUGCAGCAAAUUCAGAACUCCAUGUCGAUUUCAUGUGGUGGGAUGCGAUAUGUCUGUGGAGAAGGAAAAGAUUCAUGACCAUGAGCGCGCAUAUGCCUAUGAGCACCUCAAUCUUCUGCUGCAUUACAUUAUGGGCAUGAAAGUUAGCAUGGAGGGCCUACAGCCCCAGGGACUGGAAGUAGCCGGACACAAACUGGUGGAACUCCAACAAUCCCUCAAGGAACUCGAGGCCAGAGUCUCCCAGCUCAGCACCACCUCCUCUGGGCCUCCCGUGCAGGGAGCCGCCGCCGCCGCAUCCUCAUCAUCUUCCAGCUCUGGACCUCCUGGUCCACCUGCUUCAGUUCCUCUACCUCCACCUCCCACUCUGCCUCCCACUCUCUCUGUGUCCACAUCCUUCACGCCUCUGCCCAGCUCCGUGGGCGCAGCGCUGGAGCUCCAGCUUCACAGCGAGAAAACCAAGGUGGCCGAGCUCGGGCGCAGGUGCACGGAACUGGAAGUCAAAGCUGGCACGUUUGAAAAUGUGGUGUGCGUCCUGAACAGAGAGGUGGAGAGGUUCGCCACCACCAUGGAAGCCAGCAACCGUCAGCAUAAACUGGACCAGGAUAAGAUCGAGGCUCUGAGCAACAAGGUGCGACAGCUAGAGCGGACUGUGGGGCUGAAGGACCUGACGGUCGCAGAGAUGGAGGGACGGCUGAGAGAAAUGUCCGCUACCACCUUUGACGGCGUCUUUAUCUGGAGGAUUUCAGAUUUUGCCAAAAAGAGACAAGAUGCCAUCGCAGGCCGAGCCCCUGCCAUGUUCUCGCCCGCCUUCUAUACCAGCAAGUACGGCUAUAAGAUGUGCCUACGGAUCUAUCUUAAUGGAGAUGGGACAGGGCGUGGCAGCCACUUGUCCUUGUUCUUUGUGGUGAUGAGGGGGCUGAGUGAUGCCCUGCUUAAAUGGCCCUUCAACCAGAAGGUUACGCUGAUGCUGCUGGACCAGAGCAACAGAGAGCACAUCAUCGAUGCCUUUCGACCUGAUGUCACUUCCUCCUCCUUCCAGAGACCCGUGAGCGAGAUGAACAUCGCCAGCGGCUGUCCACUCUUCUGCCCGCUCUCUAAGCUCGAUGGCAAGAACACUUACAUUCGUGACGACACCAUCUUCAUCAAGGCGAUUGUGGACCUCACCGGCCUCUAGACGACCUCCAUUGGGUGUUACAGUUUGGCAACCAGGCAGCUCUUUGACCAUUAAAGGCUUCAUUUUGGCUCAGUCGCGGUCCCUUUCAGGGCGCCAUUUGGGCACCUUGCUGUCCCCCGCAGCUUUGGGGAGACAGACAUGCUUGCGACAGUCUGCUGCAUGUAGCUGCUCAGACCAGACGAUGCAGGCAUUCUUAUACCUUGGUGGUCUCUGUGUGAGAACCCUCACCUCCGUCAUUGCUGUACAUUUGGGUGCAAAACUUACUUUCUUGACAUCACAGCAUCACCAUCCACGGUGAUAAAGUGCCGUUUCAGUUCUGCAGGCGAGUUUUCAGUUAGAGGAAGCAGGCAGCAGUGCGAUGUAGUCAGAGUGGUGUUGAGCAGAAGCAGAGGGGAGUGAAAAGGUAGAACUGCAUCUUUGUUUUUCGUCCCCUGCUUUCGAAGGCUGGGGGAUGUUGCAGAACAUGCAGAGUGUGUUAGAGCAGGGCUGUAGAUGUGUUUUAUGUGAUCACUCUGGUGAAGCUGGCGGUAGAAUUAUAAUAGAGUUAGAGCGUGGCUUGAUGCAGAUUUUGCUUCCUCUUAAAGAUUGUGGAUAUUGUGAGCGUCUCAGUUCCAGUGUGGAGUAAAUUUGCAUAGACAAACGUGGAGUUAUGUUAUGAAUAAGAUUACAGGCAUUUCUUUUUAUUUCUUCAUUUCUUUUAAACAAAAUGCAUGCUGCUGGAGUUUUAAGUAUAAAGUAUAAAAAUGCUCUUUUUUUGGGAGGGGGGGGUUGUUUUGGUUUUUUCUUCAACUGAGCUUCACAAAGUUUCAUCAUUUGAUAUUAAACUUGUUAGUGAUUUAUCCAUCUGUGACGGUGGACAUUGCCUGCAUGUCUAUGAAGCCAGGCUAUUUACAUGUAAAGUCAGUGUUGCGUAUUUGUUCCUAAUAAGGGGGUCGUGGUUCUGAUUGGUGGUUUGGUACAUCUGUGGAAGAUACAGUGGAGUUACCAAGGAGUCAGGGCAGCUUGCCAGUCAAGCCUGAGGUGUAAAACUUACAUGUGGUUUUGUCUCUGACAAACAUACAUCGCUGGAGUUUUUCCCAAGGAUAUGCUCACUAGCUCACAUCUCAACACAUAGUACCGUGCCCCACCACAGACUGAGGUCAACGCAGAUUCCACGAAAUGAAGGAAUAGUAUGUUCCUUGUUUUCUGUCCUUACAGUAUACAGUGCGUAUGUGUUUCUGCUGCUAUAUGAUAGAAUACUCAUGUGAAAAUAUGUAUAUAUAUAUAUAUAUAUAUAUAUAUCGCUGCAAAUAUAAAUGAGCUAUGUGUGUGGAGGUAGAGAGGAUGGAGACAAGAGAUUGUAUUGUUGUAUUGUUGCAGAUUGAUGUUCAGCGCAGCCCCCGAAUUUUUCGUUUUCCCUUUUCGUGCUCUUUCACCCAUUUUCCCCACAGCACCACACAUCGAACAAAAACUCUGGUUAAACUGGGAUGCACUUUUUCGGCACGCAUCCUGAGGUUUUAAGGUUCACGCUGGCCUGUUUGGAAACCAGUCUCGACCUGUAUUGAAACCUCUCUGUGCAUGGGAGGCUUCGAUUCAUACUCACUAUGGAGUUUCACAGCGGCUUUCCUCGUGGGCCACGUGUGAAUGCAUUUAUUUGUAUUUGUUUGGAUGAAAAUACGUAGAAUAGUUAUUAUGUUAUAUCUGGCGCCGCUUCCGUUCAACAGAAGCAGCUGCCUAUAUUCAUAGCAAUGUAUAAAUAUGUAUCUUUCAUAUCAUAAUGUUGAAAUAAUCUAUAUAUCAAUGUUAAUAUACACAAGAGGUUAUAAUAAACAUAGUAUUACUGAAUACCUUAUUAAUUCUAUAUCUAUAUACCAACUUUUUGUUUGAUGGUUUGAACAGGCCAGGACAACCCCUUUGUGACUUGUGAUUCUUUCUAGAGUGCAAUAUAUGAUCAUGUCUGUUAGGCUAUACAGAGGUCACGCUCGACUCAUUUGUUUUCAUUACCCAUUCUGGCGCCGAAGAACCGCAACCCAAUUCUCCGAGGAAAUAUGGUGCUUUCCUUGUCAUAAAUCAUAUGCUAUUUUAUCAGUAACAUGAAAAUCACAAGUCAGUAGCUAUCUGUGAGGAUUACUGGCUCUGUGGGCUUUUAGAAAGAUCAUUUUAUUGCUGAGGAAUUCUUGUUCCAUACAGUGAGUUUAUACUCUUAUCUUAGAAACCUUUCAGUGAAGGCUGAGCAUGUAAUAAAAUAGGAUUACAUGGACUUUUUAAAGUGUUCUCGUAAUGUGCCAAACUCAAAUAUUACCUCCAUGUAUGAACACUGUUGUACUGCAAGUUGAAUUUUAUGUUCUAUGCUAAAAUAUGGUGCCAAAUAUGUUUCUAUUUAAUUUUUCUAUGAAGAUGCGUGUGUGAGAUUUUAAUAUGAGGCGUCAUUACUUCUGUAAGCACCAGAGGAGCUGAUUAAUACUGUCCCAUUUAAAAUGUCCUCAGAUGAGGUUUCUGAAUGUAAGCUUUAAUUAAGUUGGUUUUCCUUUUCAAAAAACACACAACAGCCGUUCUGUCUUGUGAUGCAGUUGACUUGAACCAACUUUUUUUGUGCACUUUCUAUCGUUUGUUUGUCCAGACAGGGUAUUUUGUUGAGCGAUUUAUGUACCUUGAAAUCAGAGCCAUAUAUAUUCUGAUGUUGAUAAUUGAUGUAUUAUGCUGAAAAAAGGACAUGCAGUAUGUAAUAAA